GUGGAGAGACAAUUUUCCGUAAAAGGCGUUACGUAGCCCAGCGAGGUUUUCAUGUUUAUUCCGCUAGAGAAAGAAGGGGCGGCCCCUGAUCUAGAAACAACCAACUCUGUCCCUUGUCCUCUCACACGGGUCUAACGGAGGAAAUAGCCUACUAGAAUAGACCAGAGCUUUAGACUACUACAUUGUGAUAGCCUACAGUCCUGUCUGGAGCGAAGCUUUAGCACAAACUAAUAGAGUGAACACUACAAUAGAUCAGAGGAACAGCUCGAGCGCCAAGAUGCCCCUGGCACAGUUGCCAGAUCCCUGGCAGAAGAUGACACUGGGGCGGGCGACGAGCGAGGAUGCCCAUCGUCAUGAUCUGGAGGAUUCUAUUGGAGAGGAUGAUUCUAUGUCCUGUAACGAGGACGAGAGUGUCAAUGAGAUCAACAUCACCAACCAUACUAAGGAGGGGUCAGAGAAGGGUGACCCUCGACAGUUCGAGCUCCGCAAGGUCCUAGGACAAGGCUCCUUCGGAAAGGUGUUCCUGGUCAAGAAGACUACAGGUCCAGAUGCAGGACAGCUCUAUGCCAUGAAGGUUCUGAAGAAAGCCACACUGAAAGUGCGUGACAGGGUGAGGACUAAGAUGGAGAGAGACAUUCUGGUGGAGGUCAACCAUCCCUUCAUCGUUAAACUGCACUAUGCAUUCCAAACAGAAGGGAAACUCUACCUCAUCCUGGACUUCCUACGAGGAGGAGACCUCUUCACACGACUGUCUAAAGAGGUGAUGUUCACAGAGGAGGAUGUGAAGUUCUACCUGGCAGAGUUGGCCCUGGCCCUGGACCACCUUCACGGCCUGGGCAUCAUCUACAGAGACCUCAAACCAGAGAACAUUCUGCUAGACGAGGAGGGACACAUUAAGCUGACGGACUUCGGCCUCAGUAAGGAGUCUAUAGACCAUGAGAACAAGGCUUAUUCGUUCUGUGGGACGGUGGAGUACAUGGCUCCGGAGGUGGUCAACAGGAGAGGCCACACCACCAGCGCUGAUUGGUGGUCCUACGGCGUGCUCAUGUUUGAGAUGCUGACCGGAACGCUACCAUUCCAGGGGAAAGACCGCAAGGAGACCAUGGCCAUGAUCCUCAAGGCUAAGUUGGGGAUGCCACAGUUUUUGAGUUCCGAAGCCCAAAGUCUCCUGAGGAACCUUUUCAAACGCAACCCUACUAACAGGCUAGGGGCCGGCCCAGACGGAGUGGAGGAGAUUAAAAGACAUCACUUCUACUGCACCAUAGACUGGAACAAACUGUUCCGUAGAGAGCUCCACCCUCCCUUCAAGCCUGCUACGGGACGACCUGACGACACCUUCUAUUUCGACCCAGAGUUCACCGCUAAAACACCCAAAGAUUCCCCGGGGGUUCCGCCCAGUGCCAACGCCCACCAGCUGUUCCGAGGAUUCAGCUUUGUAGCCAUUACAUCAGAGGAAGAGACACAACCACUACAGACUACUGUAGUACAGCUACACAGGAAUAUGUCCCAGCUGUCUGAAGCAUAUGAAGUGAAGGAGGAAAUAGGACUGGGAUCAUACUCUGUCUGCAAACGCUGUAUACACAAGGCCACUGGCAUGGAGUACGCGGUUAAGAUUAUCAGUAAGGCCAACAGAGACCCAACAGAGGAGGUGGAGAUCCUAAUGAGAUACGGACAACAUCCCAACGUCAUCACACUAAAGGACGUGUUUGAUGACGGCAGGACAGUGUAUCUGGUCACAGAGCUGAUGAAGGGAGGAGAGCUGCUGGAUAAAAUACUGAGACAGAAGUUCUUCUCAGAGAGAGAAGCUAGCGCUGUCCUAUACACCAUCACCAAGACUGUUGAGUACCUACACAUACAGGGGGUGGUGCACAGGGACCUGAAGCCCAGUAAUAUCCUGUAUGUGGAUGAGAGUGGGAACGCUGAGUCCAUCAGGAUCUGUGACUUUGGUUUUGCCAAGCAGCUGAGAGCUGAGAACGGCCUGCUGAUGACGCCGUGCUACACAGCUAACUUUGUAGCUCCAGAGGUGUUGAAGAAGCAGGGUUAUGAUGCUGCCUGUGACAUCUGGAGUCUAGGAGUCCUACUCUACACUAUGCUCACAGGGUUCACUCCGUUUGCCAACGGUCCAGAGGACACACCAGAGGAGAUCCUGGCUCGGAUCGGCAGCGGGAAGUUCUCUCUGACCGGAGGAUACUGGAACUCUGUCUCAGCAGAGGCCAAGGAGCUGGUGUCUAAGAUGUUACACGUGGACCCCCACCAGCGUUUGACAGCCGGCCAGGUGUUGUGUCAUCCCUGGGUCACACACCGAGACCACCUGCCCAAGUUCACACUGACCAGACAGGACGCGCCACACCUGGUCAAGAGCGCCAUGGCAGCCACCUACUCUGCCCUCAACAGGAACGUUCCACCUGUGCUGGACCCCGUGGGAUGUUCCACUCUAGCCCAACGGAGGGGGGUGAAGAAACUCACCUCCACUGCCCUCUGACCGUUAACAUUUCACCUCAGACUUAUAACCCUGCUGGAGCUCUGCUCAGACAGACAGACCUGGUUCCUCAGAUGACCUGGACAGAACUCUGAUGCACCUGGGACCCCCCCUGACCCUGCUCAGUUAUUAACUAGACCAGGGCUGGAACUACAGCCUAUAGCUCUGUUGUACCAGGGCUGGAACUACAGCCUAUAGCUCUGUGGGAUCAGGGCUGGAACUACAGCCUAUAGCUCUGUUGUACCAGGGCUAGAACUACAGCCUAUAGCUCUGUGGGAUCAGGGCUAGAACUACAGCCUAUAGCUCUGUGGGAUCAGGGCUGGAACUACAGCCUAUAGCUCUGUUGGACCAGGGCUGGAACUACAGCCUAUAGCUCUGUUGGACCAGGGCUGGAACUACAGCCUAUAGCUCUGUUGGACCAGGGCUGAUGGUGACCACAUUGUAGCGUCUCUCCAGUCUUUGCUUUGGACAAUUCGUGUUGCCUCUAGACUCAAGAGACAGGUGUCAGGAACAUGAAUGUGCUGUAUGUAGAUGCCUGUACUUCUGGGAACAUUUGAGAUACCUGCAUUAUGCAUUUAAGACCCAUAUUAAAAUGAUGAUGAACUGUAUAAUGUAGCUCUGUGUAUAAACCUGAGUAGCCUCAAAGACAGUACAAUAUGAAGAUAGGCUAAAACGGCUUCGCCAAUAGAAAUCCCAGACCACACUUUUCGGCAAUGUUAUGGCGACGUUGGCUAGCUAAGCUCAUGCGUAGAAACACGUCAUCGGGUCUAACGGUCGUCUCGUGCCAAACUGCACAUGUGCAGGCUGUCAAAUCAAAACUCAUUCCUUACAUGUUUUUUUUUGUUGACGAAAAUGAAAUCCGUUUGUCACUUUCACGGGGUUGGAGUAAUAACAUGUUCAACUACUUAAGAAAUUGGAUCAAUUCUAGGUUGUGGAUUUAGAUUUUGAGAAAAUGAACAACUAAGGAAGAAUGUUUUACUUCUCUCAUUGACUUCACAACCCCCAAAGCCUGGCCAGCUUGGUCUGUUUCGCAAGCGUUCACAGAUGUCUAACGAUGUUGCAUCUCUGGGUUUAGAAACUCUGUGGUAGCCUCUUCUGUGACUGAGCCAUCAGACAGAGACAAAACUAGUGAUGUCAUCAGAGGGAGAGCAGGUAGAGCUCCACUGACACUGCCCCCUAUGUAGAGACAAGCUCCUCCCAGUCAGCCACAACAUCCAGAGUGACGGGACUGAGGUCCAAUCAUGGCUUUGGUGGGCCAGUCUGGAGAUUAAAUACCAUGCAUUGUAUAAGUCCAUUAACUAUGUCAUGUAAGCACACAGGUGGGGUGGGAGAGGUCCAUGGAUAUAGAAAUGUGUGGAUAAAAGGAACAUGAUAUUUUAUGCUGAAUUGAACCCUUUCAACCUGCCGUCUGGAAUGUCAUGACAGUUGUGGAGGUAAUCCAGUAUUUUACUGUAUGGGCCAGCUGGCACCUGCUGACUUCUGGUCAAUCCCUUUAAAGCACUGUCUGUCUAAUUGAAUGAAAAAAUAUGUAGCUACAGUAUCAAUGACUUGUAGCAGUAUUAUUGAAUUAAUGAGCUGAUCCUGGAUCGGUGGACAACUCCUACCUAUUCGAUCGCUCUCCCUCAGCUCUUCUAGAUGUGUUGUAACACAGUCUUUCAGGUUCUGCUUGACUGGUAGCAGAGCUGUAAGCUUGUGUGUUUGAGAUGUCUGUAUGUUUUUUUCCCCUUCUGGUUUGAGAGUAGAUGAGAUGCCUUUUUUCUCUCUUCGUGUUGCCCUCUCCUUCCUCUGCCCCUCUCCAGUGGAGAUAGUGUCCCUUCCUCCACCCCUCUCCAGUGGAGAUAGUGUCCCUUCCUCCACCCCUCUCCAGUGGAGAUAGUGUCCCUUCCUCCACCCCUGCUGCUGUCUCCUCUCUCUGGUUUUGUAUCUCAGUGGAGUCACAGUAGGACUUUGUAUUGAACAUAAUAAAAAUACCUUCAGUAUACAACUGUGUUUUUCACUGACCAGUAAAUACUACAGAAAGGCUUUUAAUUCAGACAACAUACAGUCAACAGCAUAGAGAACAAUGCAUCAAAGAUGUU